GGAAACGCAGCUUAUUUACAUCUGCAGCCGUUUGGGGUGAACAUUAGUGUUCGCAAUGUAUCCGAACCUGCUUAACAAUCCGUUUUCCAGAAGGACUUUGGGGUUUUUGCGGAAAAAAAUAUGAAAUUUUCAGGAACGGCUAACGAUGUAGCCCCGAUGCUAACUUCAAACCAGUUGUGAGUGACACCGUCAACCAACCCUUGGAAGCGUUCACUGCUGCUGAAGAUGAAAACCAUGUUUGCCCUCCUGCUUCUCGUCGCCGUCUGGCAUCACUGCAGCUGCGCAGUUCCGUGUAGCAUCCCUCCGUCUGAGAUGUGUUCGUCUUUGCAGUCGGCCACCAAGUGUGGGGUGGUGGAACAAUGUCGUGACAUUAACUUCACUCGCACUGCGGAACCUGUGCAGUUGGAACUUUGCUAUGAGAGUCUCUGUCCUGCUUGCCGAAGAUUUGUCACGCAAAAUCUCUACCCCACCUGGGUCUUGCUGAAAGAGAUCCUCACGGUGAACCUCAUCCCUUAUGGGAACGCUAAGGAGAAACUUGUUGGAGGCAGUUACCAGUUUACCUGCCAGCAUGGCCCUGGAGAGUGUCGGGGAAACGUCAUUGAGGCUUGCUUGCUCAACAUGACCGACCAAGCCUUCGAGAUCAUCAACUGCAUGGAGACGUCCCUGAAUGUCGUCAAUGCAGCACAGAGUUGCCUUGCUUUGUACAGUGCCAAUUUGAAGUGGCAAACCGUCUUGAACUGUGCCAACGGGGCCCAGGGCAACAUGCUGAUGCACCAGAACGCCCUGAGGACUCGUGCGGUCAAGCCCCCUAACACCUAUGUGCCCUGGAUUCUCAUCAACGGGGUGCACACCGAGACUCUGGAGACCGACGCGCUGACCUCUCUCUUCACUGUGGUCUGCAACGCAUAUAAGAGACAAUGGGACUCUUCACUGUCGGCCUGCAGCUUCAUCCCAGACAGAUACACGGUCAAGAGAGAGUUUUCGGGCUCCCUGCAGCUGCCCCGGCUCUCCUACAGACCCCCGGCUCUGAACGACCAUCAGGGGGUCUCAUUUUACAUCGCCGAAUCCCCCUUCGAUGUGGAGAAUGGACUGUCAGUGGGCCGCAGUCCUCUGGAUCCCCAGGCCAGUCCUGGUUCUGGUCUGGUGCUGCAGGCCAACUUCUCUCACAGCCAGCGGCGGGAGUCCUUCCUCUACCGCUCGGACUCAGACUUUGACCUCUCACCCAAAGGCCCGUCCAGAAACCCCUCCUCUGCAAGUGACCUGGAAGAAAGCUUGAAGCACUGGGAAGUCAACUGGUUGAAUCCUCGUCACACAGAAGACAUGAUUGUCACCCCGUUUGCGCAGGUCUUGGCCAGCCUGAGGACGGUCCGAAGCAACUUUGCUGUCAUAACGGGACAGCAAGACCGCCCGGCAAGCAAGACCCGCUCCUCGGGCAGUAAUCCUCCAUCGAUGUGCAAGCCCAGUCUCGCAGAGGAGCCUCACCAGCAGCUGGCCAUAGAGACUCUGGACGAACUCGACUGGUGUCUGGAGCAACUGGAGACCCUGAAGACUCGACACUCCGUCAGCGAAAUGGCCUCAAACAAGUUCAAGAGGAUGCUGAACCGAGAGCUCACCCAACUUUCAGAAACCAGCCGUUCAGGGAACCAAGUCUCCGAGUUCAUCUCCAGCACCUUCUUGGAGAAACAGCAUGACAUGGACAUCCUGUCUACACCAGCGAAGGAGAAGGACAAGAAAAAGCGGCCCAUGUCUCAAAUCAGCGGAGUCAAGAAGGCCACUCACAGUCCAAGUCUCGCACCCUCCACCAUCCCUCGCUUUGGAGUCACCGCCAGUCAGGAAGGUCUCCUCGCCAGGGAGUUAGAGGACAUAAACAGAUGGGGCAUCGACAUCUUUAAGAUCUCUGAAUAUUCUGGAAGCCGGCCGCUGACGGUCACCAUGUACACCAUCUUCCAGGAGCGUGACCUUCUCAAGUCUUUCAAGAUACCAGCCGACACCUUCAUCACCUUCAUGAUGACACUGGAGGAUCACUAUCAUGCUGACGUGGCUUAUCACAACAACAUCCAUGCAGCCGACGUGGUCCAGUCCACACACGUCCUGCUGUCCACGCCGGCGCUCGAGGCUGUGUUCACCGACCUGGAGAUCCUUGCUGCGCUGUUCGCCAGUGCCAUCCAUGACGUGGACCAUCCCGGUGUUUCCAAUCAGUUUCUCAUCAACACCAACUCAGAGCUGGCCCUGAUGUAUAAUGACUCGUCGGUGUUGGAGAAUCAUCACUUGGCCGUCGGCUUUAAGCUCCUGCAGGAGGACAACUGUGACAUCUUCCAAAACCUCAGCAAAAAACAGAGACAGUCACUGCGUAAAAUGGUGAUCGACAUGGUGCUAGCCACGGAUAUGUCCAAACACAUGAACCUGCUGGCGGAUCUGAAGACGAUGGUGGAGACCAAGAAAGUCACGAGUUUAGGAGUUCUUCUAUUGGACAACUACUCAGACCGCAUACAGGUCCUCCAGAACAUGGUUCACUGUGCGGACUUAAGUAACCCCACCAAGCCACUGGAGCUGUACCGGAAGUGGACGGACCGCAUCAUGGUGGAGUUCUUCACCCAAGGUGACCGCGAGAGAGACAAGGGCAUGGAGAUCAGUCCCAUGUGUGACAAGCACAACGCCUCCAUAGAGAAGAACCAGGUGGGCUUCAUUGACUACAUCGUCCAUCCCCUCUGGGAGACCUGGGCCGACCUUGUUCACCCAGAUGCACAAGAGAUCCUUGACACCCUGGAGGAUAACAGAGAGUGGUACCAGAGCAUGAUCCCUCACAGCCCAUCACCCAAUCUCAAAGACCAGGAGGAGGGCGGCCUUGCCGGGGAAGCAUCGGGACUCUCCACAGACAAGUUCCAGUUCGAGCUGACGUUGGAAGAGGAAGGAGAGUCGGACACAGAAAGUCCCCCCGCUGAGAGAUGUAGCACUAGUCCAGCAUCUGAACAUUCCAGAGUGGAUCCUGACAGUGGAUACGAUGCUUCGUCGGCACCGAUCCAUCUGCUGCCCAAAAUCGUCUCCGGUGAUGCCACCAGAACAUUUUCCUUAGACUCAGAUAAAAGAUUAGCGGGGGACGAAGAAGGAGACCAUGAAGGUGUUUCUGGUGCUACGCACUUGAGACUUGGCACAUAGCGUCCAUCAAUUCUUAUUUUUGGCCUUUACUUUUUUCAUUUAUUUCACUUAAUUUCUGUGCCUCAUACACUGUCACACCCUUCAUCUCCAAACACCGCCACCUAUGCCUCUGCAGACGCGGCGGUACAAGCCUCAGUGGAGGGUGUAGGUGUGGGAGGAGCUAAAAAAGUCUGCAAUGUUACACAGCACUUGUUGCACUGAAGAGGAAGGAGAGACUUUGAGAAACAUCCUGGUCGCAGAGAGAAGUUCCUGACCAGACCUUUGUGUUUGUCCUUCAAUGAGAUGCACCAAGGAUGUUCGGCAGAGACUCUCGAAGAACCCAUUACAUGUAUGACAAAGAACUGUCUUCCUCUUUCUAAGUUUCGUCUAAGAGUUAAAGAGAGCCCUUGGACCUAAGUUGACCUGUAUGACUGAGAACAUUCACAUAUGCACUUGUCAGGAGAGUGAAGGAAGCCCGGUGAGUCCGCUUUGCCAAAUCAGUCAGUGAUAAGAAUUGAGUUUUGUUUUAUUUGCUUAUUUAUUUUAGUCUCUGUAAACCAUCAAAUAUAAAAGUAGGACACCUGCAAAAAGAAAAUAUUGAUGUACAUGUAGCACCUCUUUACUAUUUUAUUCUAAUCUUAUUUUUUCUCCUGUUCUUCUUUAACUAUACAAUCGGAACCGCCGUAGUACCAACAGCCAGUGAUGCGCGUUGAGUACAUGUCGCCAUCUAGCGUUUGGAAAUGGAACUUGCACCGACGUUUUAUGCCCAAUUUAAGUGCUUUCGUACAAAAGAAAUAUCACCCAGCUUCCACGUAUGCUUUUGAUUAUUAUCUGUUUAGAUCUAGGUUUUGUUCCUUGAGGGUUCUUAUUUGGAUUUCUAAGGGCUUGAUGCGAAAUGUUAGCUCCUCUAAAGCUUCUCUUAUAAAACUGUAAAGCAGCCAGCAAAGACAUGAAUGAAACAUUAAAUGACAAAAAGCACUCUCCUAUCUGUCUGAAUGGCUAAAUGCUCUGUGAAACCGAAAUUGCUUGUGGACUAAUAAGGUCAGGGUCAUGCAAAUUUUCAGGAUCACUGUAGCUGUUAAAAGGAUUUCAAGAGACCGUUUCCUAUGACAGACAUGUUUCAUCCGUCACAGAUCAAUAGUUUUCUCUCCACAGGGACAUAAGUCGAUGACAAAACAAGUGCCAAGCAAGCAUGACACACCCUGUACUGUAAUUUCCAUUUUGCCACUGGCUACUUUCCAUCAGUGACUGACAAAGUUGGUUGAUUGUAGCACCCGCGUGCCAAUCUGACGUUUCUGUCUCUGUUCCUAGCAAUUUUAUAACUCCUGUUCAUACAGUAACUGAAAAUGUCUUAAAACGGUGGUUUGAGUUUGCGUGGGUGAUUUACUGUGUUGACUUUUUUUUUGCUAAAAACAAAAAAAAAAAAACCAAAGCACUUUGUAUGGUACUUUUAUAGUUCUGCACUUCCAGUACAGUUAAAACAUGUUUAAUGUGACUGUUUUGCUGUUUUUCUGUUGAAUAAUGGCCUGGAUGUGAAGUCGAAUUCCCCGGCCUGGAAUUCUGCAGGUCUUUGAGGUUGGAGCUGAUUUUUUUUUUCUAAAUAAGUGACUGUAAAUAUAAGUGAUGAGGUUUUGUGAUGCAUGACUUUAGCGGCAAGAUU